UCACUUCCUUUUGAAAGGACUGUUAUUCCUGUGGUGUCUCAAGCUGCCUUUCAGAAAACUGUAGAAACCUUUGGUGGAAUUGACAUCCUGGUCAACAAUGCUGGCAUCUUCAAUGAGAUAACGUGGGAGAAAACUAUUGCCAUCAACCUUGGUGGCUGUAUUAGGGGGUCUUACCUGGUUAUCGAGCACAUGAACAAGCUGACUGGGGGUCGUGGAGGGGUCAUCAUCAAUGUGGCAUCCAUGGCAGGUAUUGGCGUUCUGUCUUGCUCCCCUGUGUAUACAGCCACCAAGCAUGGAGUGGUUGGGUUUACUCAAGCAUUUGCGGCUGCCUCAGUUGCAUCAGGCUAUGGUAUACGGAUGAAUGCCCUCUGCCCAGGAUUCGUUCAAACAGACCUCUUCUCCUCUAUAAAGUCCAAACUGGGGCAAUUCUCCAACUUGGCAGAUGCCAACCAGGAACUGAUAGAAAAACUUGGCGUGUUAACGUGA